UUGGCUUUAAAUGUAGGUUUCCAGCACUUAACAGUUUUAUUUUUAGGAACGAAGAAGCUGGACCCAGUGGUUGUCGGCAGAUGGCGGCAGAUUCAUCGCCGCAUCGGCGCCCGCUUGCCGUUGUCGUAUUUUACCAGUCCUAACGCCAACGUUACGGGGCAAAUAUUUUCCAAAUGGCUGUCAAACCUGGAUGACGUGAUGGUGCGUCAGAAACGACGCAUUUGUCUGCUGGUUGACAGCCUGUACGGCUAUAAACUUAUGAACGAGCUGAAAGCCGUCAGGAUUGUCUUUCUGCCAUCGGUCGGCUGCCGUCAGAGCAUUUCAAUCGCAUUGAAGUUCAACUAUCGCGCUCUACUGUUACAUUGGCUGCUUAACGCACUUCGCAAACGGAAAUCAGGUGCUAUUUUCUUCUUUAUUAUUGCGUUAUUUCUUAUGUUUACCCAUCACAAUUGUUCGCGAUAUCUGCAUUUUAGUAUUAGGUGUCUAUCGUUUUACUGAAC